UCCCCUCUUCGAUCCACGACGCUGCAGUUUUGGAGUGGUGUCUACAUCGAUGUUCCUGUCAUCACGAAUCCAGCUAUCAGCGAUCUCAACAACAACGUCAUAUCUGGCCUCCCCGUGUCGACUGCUAAUACACCUUACUCUGGAUUUCUCCCUCUGAACAUUGAUAUUACUGAACUGUCGAAAGUAAUGAGAGGAUCGGGUCGAAGCUCUAGUACCAACGGUAGAGGUGGAGCCUCGGGUACGGCGGCUCGGCCGCCUAGCUGGUGCAUUUUCUAUAAGAAUAAUUGGGAAAGCGAGAUGGUUUACGCCAGCCACAAGUUGAAGUCCAAGGAUGGCAUCACGAUGUGUUCGAUCCUUCAAGCAUAUACCUGGCCACUCUGUGGAACAAACGGAGAUCGUGCCGACACAAUUAAGUACUGCCCCGUCGACAAUGCGAAGGAGGAUGUUGUCGGACCAGGUACCAUCGGACAGACGUUGCAGUAUCAUACGCCACGCACAUCAACCGGUCGCAGACAAACCUCCUACAUUGCUUCUAUGUUGACAGCAAUUAUCCUGAACUUAAUAAGUUAGUAGAUGUACAUGUAUAUUCAACUGGUUGUUGGUUUGGGAGACAUGAUCCACCUCAUCCUUUUCUGCUGGAAUGUUUCCACCAUGCUGACAAUGACUGUCAUGGAGGAAGAGAUUUGUAUGUAGACACCUAUCACAGUCUGCACACAGGUACAGCCUGCAGUCCUUGCAGAUGAGGGAUGCCAUCCUUUUGUUGCAUCUCUGACAGGUGAUCUUGUGGCCAGUUGGGCAGAGCCUUUCUACCAUGAAUGACAUGUCAGAUCUAGCAUCUGCCCAUCUUCUAAGUCUUCUUGCCUCUCUCCACAUGUAGAUUGUGUUUGGGAUCCCACCUCAAUGUCAAGGGACAUCUGUAGUUCUUUUAAGAUAUUUGCAGUAUCAUCCUCAUCAGUUGGGCAGAGCCUUUCUACCAUGAAUGACAUGAUGUCAGAUCUGGCAUCUGCCCAACUUUCUUGAAGAUCUUUUUGCGUCUCUUUCCAUAUAGAUUGGGAUUUGGGAACUCACCUCAAUGUCAUUUUCAAUAUCAUCCU